UUACAGUCGAUUUACCACAGGUAUGGUAUAUAUUAACGGCUUAUAACUGAAGGUUAAAUGACAAACAAAAUAAGUCCUUAAAAAUUCGUUAAAUCAUAUCGGAGGUAUAAUGCUCAUAUUCUAAACAUAUAAAGAAUGAUUCAAGAGUCGUUGAUUAAACGUUGUGUAAAGAAAGUAACGGAUAAUCUUCACGUUAGGAUAACGUACGGCAAACUUUCUACAGUGAUUCUUGUACUAACAAUUUCGGGAGCAUCGCUGGCUGGUUUAGUAAAACAACUAAUUACUCCAUCAGAUAUAGCUGGAACACAAAAGUGUGGAAAGAUACCUCAUGGAAACGACUGCGUGAUUAACUGGUGUUAUUAUGGCAUGCUGAAGGGAAUUUACUGGAAAUACAUGGGAGUGUGCACGCAUCCUUGUACACAGGAAGCGGAGGCCGUGUUUUAUGAAAGCAGAGGUGGCGCUGUUGAACACUGUCUACGAAACCUAAUGAAGAAAAUCUCAAAACACGAAGAAUAUAAAACACAUGCUUCAGAAGAACAUAUAAAACAUGAAGAACAUGAAGAACAUAAAAAACAUGAAGAGCUAUAGAAACAAACGUUUUUAUUUUGAAAUAACUCAUUAACUUACCAUUUAUUCAUGAAAAAAAAUAUGUUUUUAUUAGAAGGAUUUUGUUGAUUUAUUUAUCUUGUUAUUAAUGCACAAAUAAUUUGAAAAGAAAUGCAUCGCCUAUUUUUCCCAGCUCCCGUUUAUUUAUAUUUUUGUUCAUCUGUUUGCAUAAAACAUAUAUUAUUCUGUUAAUAUUUUUCAUGUAUUUAAUGUCUAAUUAAAUUUUGACAUAUCAA